AUGGUGAAAAGAACAAGGGUUUUGAAAAAUGACAGGCUGAGUAGGAUACCAGAUGGUAUUCUAAGUCAGAUUCUUUCAUCUCUCGACACCAAACAUGCAGUCCAGACAUGCAUUUUGUCAAAAAGAUGGAAGUACCUAUGGACUUCACUCCCCUCUCUCAAUUUCUAUAGCACUUCCUUCAAGAAACUCUCAUCUUUUAACCGCUUUGUUCAACACGUUCUAACUCUUCGUGAUCACUCGGUCAGGCUCACCAACUUCAACUUCAGUCGUAGAGGCUCAAUGAAUUGGAGGCUUUUCAAUAAAGUCAUCAAUUUCACCCAGUCUCACAAUGUGGAAAACCUAUACUUCCACUUUGAAGAUAUUGGAGAUUGUGGCUUCCCAAACUACUUAUAUUCCUCGUACUCCUUAAAGAAACUUCAAAUUAGUUUUGGGUAUUCACAAUCUCUGAGAAAACCUUUAUAUUUUGAAGAACUCACAAUCUUAAAUCUCAAAGUGGUUUCAUUUAUUAAACCAGAUCUUUUCUCAAGUUGUCCAAAAUUGGUGGAGUUGACUAUAGUUAAUUGUUCCUUCGAUUUGGAUACUUUGACUAUAUGUGCUCCUCAACUUGCCAGAUUAAAUAUCUCAUACUGUUCUGGUAGGGAGAAUGGGUGUAAAAUUGCGCUUUUAGCCCCAAAACUUACUUUGUUUACCUUGGACGCCUGUCAUCCUCUGAUGCUGUCCAAGAAUGAUCUUCCUCUUGUAGAUACUCAGAUUAUUAAUCUACAUGUGUAUUUGCCAAGGACUCCGGAUGUGAGAGAGAAAAAACUCACCUUAGAUUUGAUCAGUAUGCUACACUGCCUUCAUAAAGCCAGAUCUGUCAUUCUAUCAUUUGACACGAUUGAGUCAAUUUACGACUGUGAUGACCUACUUAACAACUCUCCAGAUGCGGAAAUUGUCAUGGAUUUCCCAAGGUGCCAGUAUUGUUUCUUUGUCAACGAGCUAGAUGAAUUUGCCAACAAGAGAAAUUCUCGUCAUACACAUGCUGUUGGUUGA